AUGACUUCCUUCCUAACUAACACGUUCACUCCAACACGUCCACUUCCCGUCAGUCGCAUAGCCUGUGUCUGGUCUUGGACAUACUGGCUCCUAACUGGCACCUUACCAUUUCCAUCUCGAUACAUCCUCACCGCUAGAACGCAUACUCCGACCACGGCUCUACUCACGCAUUUGAAUCGCUACACAUCUACUACCAACAUGGACAGCCUACCACUAGAGCUCAAGCAGCGCGUCUGCAGCUAUCUAACACCUCGAGAUCUCAAAUUGCUCAGAUUGGCCUCGAAGGUCUGCUCUAUCGCCGCCUGCCGUCACAUCAUGCCUCGCGUCUUUCUGCACAAUCAUCCAAACAGCUUUCAGGAGAUCAAGGACAUUGCUGAGCAUCCUAUCCUGAGCCAACGCAUAACCACUUUGGUGAUCGAUACAUCGCGCUUCAGAAGCUGUCCGAUCUCCAAGCAAUGGUCGGCGUUGUACAUCGAGGCUGAAGAAUAUAUUCCAGACUGGGCUGAUUUCGAGCCCCCCAACGCAGCUCAGGAACAGACUGAUGCUCGAAGUGAGCGGGCCUUACGUCGUGCUAAAGCCUCAUAUCAACAAGCUGUCGGGAAUGCCCCGUACACCGCAGAAGAUCUCGAAGGAGAUUGGAAUGCUUACCAAAGUGUUGCAGGUGCCCAGUCUCAGCCGUCUGCGAAAGUUGCCAUGCUGGAUAGUAUCGCUGUUGCAUUCAAGGCUUUCUCAAGACUCGUUGAUUUGGUCAUCGCACACGGACGCUGGGAUAACUUCGAUACCGGACGGAGAGCGCGCAUUUUCGGUGACUUUCCAAAUUCGAUUCAUGCUCUAAAGAUUAUCAGACCUUGGCGACUGGAACAUGGUUUACAGGCCACCAGGUAUUCCCUCGGAGAGCUGAUCGAAGCUGCUGGACAGAAUGAUCGCGUCCUGCACUCGCUUGUGAUGAUCGAUGCCCCUUUCUCACCUGACCAGUCUGUCCUUCCUGAGAGAGUCUUCACCAAUCUGAAGCAUCUGCGUUACAAAGCCGAUCCCAACUUUACUGAAAACCAGACUUUCUGA